AUGAUAUAUAUAUAUACAGUUAGUGAAGAGAACGGAAAUGAUUCCGGCGGCCAAUUAGGGCGGGAUGUAGCCACGGGAGAAAUUACUAUAAGCCGCGAUGAAUAUUUACAAGCUUAUCGAGACAUGAUGUUCGAUCGCAAUCAGUUGCAAAUAAAAAACAACUUACUCCAUCGUCGUCUUGCUGAAUAUUAUAAAAAAAGAAAAUUGGAUCAUGUGUUAAAGCCACUUGAAAACGCUCCGCAUUUAGAAGAAAAAUAUCAACAGAAAUUGUUCAGUUUCCAAGAAUUAAAAGAAAAGGAAGAAAUAGAAAUGGCCGAUAUCAAAUUAAAACUUAAUGCAGUACAAGUACAAUACGCGGAUAAACUUGAGCACGUUGAAAAGAAUUUUGAUGCGCUUCAGAACUAUGAAAGGACCACUGGCACUGGACUUAUCUACUCCAAAAAAGGAAAACCUAUAGCAGAUAAGAGUGUUGAACGAUUCUUAACUUUACAAAGGCGCAAAAGUGAACAGGCAUCAGCUCUCUGCCUUCGCUACAUACGAGCAAGGAAUGCAGUGACUGAACUAGAAUCUGUUGUUCAUAAACUAGAAAUUAUCGCUCCAGGACUCAAUGUUGCUCAAUAUGAACAGUUAUAUAUUGAUAAGCAAAAUUAUUUAUCUAAAAUUGAAGAAAGAGAAGACGAACUGAUAAAAAAUCGAGUUAAUUGUACGGAACACAAUCAGAAGCUGGCUCACAUCAGGGAAAAGAUGCACCACACGGAUGAAGUUAUUGACUUUACUGAAUGUGACCUUGGAGAAGCUGAAAUUGAACUCGUCAGAGCAAGGGAGGAUUUAGGUGAAAUAAAGGGAAGACGCGAUAAACUACGUUGGUCUCUCGAGGCGGAGCGAAUGAAGGCUGGUCUACUCACGAGAAAGGAUUUGUUGCGUGAUUACCAAGACGCCACCGACGAGGUGAUUAGACUACGAGAACAAAAACAGCUUUUUCUAGAGCGAAUCGCCGAAACUACAAAGGAGCUACGACAAGCUAGAAAACAAAUGCAGAUUCACAACACCACGAGUAGGGAGAAUUCUAAUAUUUCUGAAAUA